AUGAUGUGGUCUGCAUUCGCCCUCAUCGCCGCUGCCGCCCCCGCCCUCGCGGGCAUCCACGAGAUGUGGUGGAAUAUCACGUACGUUGAGGACAUCAACCCCGAUGGCCUCUACCCGCGUCGGGUCAUUGGUGUCAACGGCUCGUGGCCCCUACCAGCCUACGCGGUCAACUCGACCGACUCUCUCGUCGUGCAUGCCCACAAUAGUCUCGACCAGCCCGCGACGCUGCACCAUCAUGGGAUGUUCUUCAACUCGACAUCCUGGAUGGACGGUGCCCAGCAAGUCGGCCAGUGCGGUAUUCCUCCCGGCGAGGACUUCACCUACGUCGUGCCCAUCAACACGUCUGGGCAGUCAGGAACGUACUGGGUGCAUUCGCACGCCGGGGGCCAAUACGUCGACGGUCUGCGCUCUACCUUCGUUAUUAAUCCCGAAGAGGAGAAGUAUGAUUACGACGAGGACUACACCAUCGUUAUCGCCGACUGGUACCAUGACCAGCAAGCCAAUCUCCUUACCGAGUUUAUCAGCAUCUCCAACCCUGGUGGCGCAGAGCCUGUGCCCGACGCACCGCUGAUGUAUUUUCUCAAGACGCAAACAGGCGAAUAUGUGCCGCCUAAAGCUGGCUCAAACCCGUAUCCCACAACGGCAUCGGUGGGCUUCAACGAGAACGCGACGCUAUCGUUUGAGGCAGGAAAGACUUACCGUUUGCGGGUGGUGAACAACGGUGGCUUCGCAGGCUUCUUCUUCUGGAUCGACGGGCAUCAGAUGCGCAUCAUCGAAGCGGAUGGGACAGACACCGAGGAGUACGAGAUCGACCAAAUUAAUUUGGGCGUGGCGCAGCGCUACUCCAUCCUGGUCACCGCGCUCAAUGACACGACGGCCAACUACGCCAUCCAUGCGAACUUUGAUACGAGUAUGUUCGACACCGUGCCCGACACUCUGAACCCGAAUGCGACUUCGUAUAUCGUCUAUAACACGUCCUCAUCAGCAGACGUUGUAGAGAACACGGUGGACGGGUACCUGUUGACGAACGACACGCUGCUCGUCCCUUACGACCCGAUUGGCAUUGUCCCUGCAACGAAGACGAUCCCGCUCUACUUUGAGUUCGACACGAUGGAUGACGGCACAAACCACGCGACGGUCAAUUUCACGACGUACAACUCGCCAAACGUGCCCUCAAUCAUGUCCAUGCUCACACUCGGCGAGAAUGCGACCGCCCAGGAGGCGUACGGCCCGAACUGCUUCGUCGUCGACCACCUUGACGUCGUCGACAUCGUCCUCAUGAAUGGCGAUUCGAACAUGCAUCCCUUCCACUUGCACGGGCACACGAUGCAGCUGGUGAAUUACGCGCCAGAUUAUACGAACCCACCGCCCAUCAACGAGUCGCAGGUGAACCCGAUGCGCCGCGAUACCGUGAUCAUCCCCUCCGGCGCUGCCUACACUCUCCGCUUCAUCGCCGACAACCCUGGCGCCUGGUUUUUCCACUGUCACAUCGAGUGGCAUUUGGAAGUCGGUCUUGCGGUGGAGAUCAUCGAGGCCCCGCUCAUCGCGCAGGAGCGCAACAGCAUGCCAUCGAGCAUGAACGACCAGUGUGCCACACUGGGCAAGCCGUACUCGGGCAACGCCGCAGGGCACGCGUCUGCAACUGACCUCAGCGGGCUGACGACCGGCCCAUUCAUUCAGAACAACGGCUGGCAUCCGAGAGGUAUCGGUGCCAUGUUCGGAUGUGUCUUCACGGCAGUGCUCGGCAUGGCCACGGUGGUGUGGUACGCGCUCGGCGGACACAUCUCGGAGGCGGAAAUAGAACACGAGGAGCGCCUGCGCCUCGAGGCCAAGGCCGCACGCGGGCGGUUCUUCGGGCUCGCGAAGAAGGUGAAAAAGAUGCGCCACCACACCGAAGACUGA